UUACUCCUCUCUUUCUUCUCUCCGCCUCUCUUCCCCGUACGCUACGGCGACAGCCGGCCGGCGAGCUCCCCCUCCGCCCGCGCUCCUCCCGCCCUUGCGGCGGCCCAGGACAGGCUUCUCCUCCCACCGCCUGCGCUGAUCUCCCGCGAGCAGGGGCGCUGUCGUCCUCGUCACUCCUCGUCUAUGGACAGUUAUUCAGACAUGCUUCAAGGAAGCAACUUUUCCACCCAGGAGACCUUGUAUGAAAUUCUAUCUGUGGGGGAACAUUCUACAUUUGAUGAAAUCCGUGCAGCAUACAAGUCUGCUGCCCUAAAUACACAUCCUGAUAAAGCACAGAUGGCUCCCAAUCCAUUAGUGUCUUCCAGUGAGCAAAAUGAAUUUCUCAGUGUGCAAAAGGCAUGGGAAAUCCUACGCUAUCCUAAAUCAAGAGCAGAAUAUGAUAGGCAGCUGCAAUCUUCCCGACAGAACCUGUUAGUUGUUGCAUCUGAAAUUGAAAUUGACGACAUGACUGUUGAAACUACCGCUGAUGCUGUGGAGCUUCUGUACCCUUGUAGGUGUGGUGAUUAUUUCUCGAUCACUUCACAUGAACUUGGUAAGAUUGGAAUUUCAGUCAGGGAGGACGGAGAGAUGGAAUUGCAGACUUCUGAUUCUGUUCCAGCAUCUGUUGUUCUUGGUUGUGGCUCAUGUUCUCUCAAGGCACGAUUGGUUAUAAAUAAAACUUCAUGAUAGUUUUUUGCAUCCAUCAGUGUGCUUGCCAGCAACGAUCAAUAUAAACAUGCUAAUGCUACCUACUAUUCUUUGAAGAAUUCAACGUGCACCGUGGAAUCUACAUCGCUGCUUAAAAUGAAAUUCUGAGAGAAUUUACCUCUGAUCAUAGUUACUCAAUAUACUGUGAUAAAUGACAUAUUUUAUGUAGGUUCUGUUGGUUGUAGUGUUAUAAAUGACAUUUUGACCGUUGUAAUCAGCUAACCACCUUUGUCAAUUCAGGCCGCUGCGAAUUAAUUAUGCUUA